UGUACAGAGCGACCCAACGCACCUUCCCGGGACGCAGGAGACCCCUCAAAGAUCGCCAACAUGAGCAGUAGCUACGUACAAGCUGAGAAACUGCAGCCCACCGACUUCGAGGUGCGCUACUUCGACGACUACGACUACUACAACCUGACCGACCGCUACGCCUUGCCCACCGCCGCCAGGAAGGGACGCACAAAAAAAGAGGCCAGGGAGAACACCAACCGGAACAGUCCCGGCGGCCACGAGAGGAAGAUUGCGGAGAAACUGCAGCGCACCGAGGCCAAGAAAAAGGGCAAAGGGGGCAAGGAGUGAGACUCGGGUUUACCUCCGGACGGCACCAGGGCGUACAGACCGAUGGCACGGUACAGA